AUGUCAUCGCAGAUCACAGUGCCCCGUUUGCGCCGUACUUCCCGUAUGUGGGAGUCAUGGUAUGGAAGAGAAUUAGCACCCGGAUAUGAUGGCACAUACCGCCCGUAUACUGUUCAAGUCAAGUAUUCCAACUACGAAGAACCAUUAAGACAGCUUAGGAGGCUUGGAGAGAUCAAAACUAAGGAGGAGAUGGAACGCUAUUUUCGGCCUCCGUUCUACGAUCUGUGUGCUUGUGAACAGAUUGGACUAGACAAAGCCAUUGUUUCAUACCCGGUUAGCAAGGAGCCAACAGUAUUAUCAGAUUUAUGCCCCCAAUGCAAAGCCUAUCUCCGCAAAAUAUACGGGUAUGGGAGUGAUCCAAAAGAUGGGAAUAAGCUCACUAAGGAAGCAUUUGCAGAGCUAAAUUAUAUACGUGGUGCCCAUCGCGAGUGGAUAUUAAACCAAGAAGGAAAGAAAUACGAGAUGCAGGAUCUCGCAAUGUACCAGGAGAGGAUGCAAAAGCACUGGCGUAUGGCAGAUGAUGAGAUUACACCUGAUGCUAGGCUACAUCGAACUCGAAUUUACCAGCUAGAGCUUAGAUUCUCCCGCAAAACACGUUCGAUGAGACUUCAGCCUAUGAACUUUUUCUUGGAUGAAGUAGACAGGGUUAACACCCUGAGAACAGGAAGGAAUACGGUUGCAAAAGAUUCGAAAGAAGAUUUGGCAAAUGCCAGAGAAGAAACCCGCAGGAUUAACGAGCAGAUUGGGCAAUCUGAACGAGAUUUAUUCGGUGAUAUUGAGACACAGACUCAAGAUCAAGCGGAUAGAGAACUUCUCCACGGUAUGGAAAUCGCAAGUCUGAGUGACGAGGACAAAAAGGACCACGAAAAAGUUACAGAAAAAUACCCCGAAGGAGGGUUCUAA